CCGCACAAUCCUGGCGCCGAGAGAGGAUUUAGUAGUGUCGUGACUUUCAAUCGUUGCACUGAACCUGUCCGGAACCCGCGGCCGAACGUCGUCGGAACUGUACCGCAAGAAAACUGACGUAAACAGAUUGCAGGAAAGCGGGGGGUUGCGUGUUUUGUGCGACAUCUGAGUGAUACGGAAGAGAAGUGUGUUUUUGAGGUUAGUUUGCGAAAAGAACCCGGAAGUUCCGAUUCCGGAAGUGUGAAUCCCAGCGAUUCCCGGAAGAUUCCGAGUGAUUGAUGUAUGUGAAAAGGUGAUUUAGCGCUGUGCAAAGCGUUGAGGUGUUACUGUGACGAAAGAGUCCCGAGCGAGAGUGAGAGGGCCAUACGCGGGGUGAGAGUGAGAGGGAGAGCGCGUGACACCCUUCGGUGAGAGCGGGCCAGAGAGAGGGAGACCUUCCCGGAAACAAAAGAAUCGCGCGCUCGGCGACGUGUGUCCUUUCCGAUGAGCGCGGACGGUUCGUCGUCCGUUCGAAAGUGACGACGAAGGGAAUCGCCGAGGCAGUUUUGAAGGGAAAAAAGAAAAUCAAUAAAUUUCAUUCAAGGUUAUUCACAUCGGGCCAGGCAGUUGAAAUAAAUUUCGGCCGAGGCGAGAAUAACAACAACAGAGGCCGGAAAGCGACAAUCCGGAAGUAUGCACUCGCUAUUGAGGAAGAAAUAAUCUGGGACAACAAAUAACAAAGCCAAAGCCUCAGGACCCGACAAUCUGACCAGCCCAAAGUAGAGAUCUAAGAAUUCUUGGCGUGUUUUUCAACGUCGACAAAUCGGGCCUCGGCUAUCUUUUGGGACAAAUCAGUCGACGUGACAACAAUUCUUGCUGGGAAAUAAAUUGGACAAGGUCCAGGACGAUUCUCCCAACCCGUGGACUGGGACAAAAACAAGUCAGCCCAGAAACGUCAGGAUGAAAAAUGUAGAUUUAAUUUCGGUUGGCGUCGUCGUAUUUUGGGUGUGAAGAUUUUUCUCUGCCCCCGGGGCCGGAGGACAAAAGCAGGUCAAAUUCAAAUUUUGCUUGGCGUGCACUCACGGAACAGAGCAGUAGAUACUGGAGGGGGACCUGGUGCAUGUUGACCCUCUGAAAGCUCCAUUUGGUUUGCAGAAAUCGGUCGAUUUGGUGCACAGUUGUAGAGCAGGGAGACAGAGAAACGACAAGGUGGUUCGAGAAUGGCUACAAGAAAUGGCGUGGCCCGUUGUCGUCGGUAGUUUCGCGCGUGAUUUCGUGUGAAUUCCGAGAAGAAUUUCGAGUUCUGCAGGAAGUUUUUUCUAAGGGAUCAAGAGUGCGUUUUUUGUGACCAAAUUUAGGCGCAGCGAAAAGUGAAAAAAAUAAAAAGAAUGAAAUCGUCAAGUAUGGCCUCAAAGUGUUCCGGGGUUGUCCGGUGGUUCGGAUGGUGGGCAGUGAUGGCCACCAGUUGGAUCACCCAGGGGAUGGUGGUGGAGGCGUCACAGUGGGAUCACAUAGUGGAUUUCGAUCCCAAAUAUCGGUUGCUGUGGACUUCCAACGCGCAGGAUAUUACGUUCGAGAUCCAGGCCCGAACGCUGGGCUGGGUCGGGGUGGGAUUCUCGCACGACGGGACGCUGGCCGAUUCGGACGUGGCGAUCGGGUGGAUCGACCAGGGGCACGUGUACUUUCAGGAUCGGCACAUCCGGGCGGAAAGUGACGGCGACCCGAUCGUGGAUCCCUCCCAGGACUACACGCUGCUGCUGGGCUACGAAAACGUUACGCACACCGUGAUCCGGUUCAAGCGGAACCUGGAAACGUGCGACAGCAAGGACGAUUUCGCGAUUACGAACGACACCAUGCGGGUGAUAUUUAUGUACUCGCGCGAAAAGCCGGCCAAGGGGUCAACCCUGCCGGGCACGCUGCCGGGGCCGCUGGAGGCGUUCAAGGGGUCACGGUCGGUGUUUCUGACGCAGCGCACCCAGCACGCGCUGCCCAACUCGGCCAGCCUGGGCAUCCUGGAGCUGCGCAACGAGGACGUCGAGCUGCCCGAGAGCGACGAGAGUCUGUACUGGUGCAAGAUCUUCAAGCUGGACGACUUCCACCAGAAGCAUCACCUCGUGAGGCCGAAACCGGAACCGACCCGGAAGAUCCAGCGGAUCCGCUGCAGAGUUGUUCUGGUGCGCUGGAAUACGUCGAGUCCGGUUUCGGAUGCGUUCGACCGGAUCAACACUGUGCUGCACACAUAA